CCCUCCCUCCGCAAGUAAAACCUAUCUCACUCCCCCCCCCAUCAAUCGCUUUCUCUACUUCACUACUUGACAUUCUCUCUCAUUCCUCUCCGCUGCUACUACAACCUAACCCUAUCUCACUCCCCCGCCACCUCUCACUCACUCAUCACCAUGGGCAAGGACACCGAGCGCACUCCCCUCCUCUCCAAGCCAUCCGGCUGCUGUGGUGGAAAGGGCGGCGCUGCUUGCUGUGGCGGCAAGGGCGCGUCCAGCUCGCUCACUCCCACCACCGGCGGCGCGUCUGUCCCCCUCAAGCGCAGCGGCAACGGCACUAGCAACUCCGAGGGCGUCUGGUCAAUCGAGCGUCGCCCUUCCACCUCAUCACUCCGUUCCAACCGCUCCAACCGCUCCAACCGUCGACUUCGCGUCGAGGACCUGCUCGAGGACGAGGAGCCGCUCCACUCCAAGUGCGGCGCGUCGGGUGGCCAGUGCUGCAAGGAGCUCAAGGGCGACGACGAGCGCCACCUCAUCUCACCCGAGAUCGUGCGCGACUGCAUCAUCGGUCUCUCCGACGGCCUCACUGUGCCCUUUGCCCUUACCGCUGGUCUUUCGUCGCUCGGCAACUCGACUCUCGUCGUGACCGGUGGUCUCGCUGAGCUCUGCGCUGGCGCUAUCUCCAUGGGCCUCGGUGGCUUCCUCGCGUCGCAGGCCGAGCUGGACCACUUCCACUACCUUCGCAAGCAAACUCACGCGCGCGUUCUCCGCUCCUGCGACGGCGAGAUGGAGCGCGAGGUUCACGCUAUCCUCGGCCCCCUCGGCGUGAAGGAGGCUCUCUCGCGCCUUGUAGCCGAGGAGCUUCUCGAGGUCGAGGACGAGGCCUGUGUCGCUGUCGAGGGCGUCGAGCGCGCCGACAUCGAGAACGCCAUCUCCAAAGAUGAGAAGCACGACCCCAACGUCGGUCUCACUGCCUUCCUUCUCAAGUUCGGCGAGGGCAUGGAAGAGGUUCCUCGCUCCCGCCUUUGGACGUCGGCUCUUACCAUCGGUCUCUCUUACUUCUUCGGUGGUCUUAUCCCCCUGAUCCCCUACAUGUGCACGGACUCGGCCGAGACUGGCCUUCUUUGGAGCGUGAUCGUCACCGGCAUCAUCCUCUUCCUCUUUGGUGGCGUCAAGACAUAUUUCACCGGUGCCACAGGCGGCUACCGCGGCUACCUCUGGGGUGCCGUGAGCAUGACCCUCGUUGGUGGCUUCGCGGCUGGCGCUGCGUUCGGCCUCGUCGAGGUCAUGGGUGUCACAGAAUAAGCAAUCAGCUUGUUCUCUCGUCCUCCCACUUCCUCCCUGUCUGCUUUCCUCCUUGUGCAUCGUAUACCCCUGGACACGCAAUUGUCGUGCUCAACGCAGUUCCCUCUCUUUUCGUCGUAGUGUAUUCCUCUCGCGGCCGCACGCCAUGUAUGCGAUAUCAUCUUUUCGCCGAUCGACGUGCAGGAUGCGGAGUGGUGGAGGUGACGGAUCCGCCGACACCGAGAUUAGCCUACCAGGGAUGGACGCGCUUGCCAAGCAAAGGCGACGAAGGUUGCUGCCCUGCAUCCCGUCCGCGAUUGCGACUUGGCAGUGCGCCGUCGCCGUCGCGCUACAGUCGAUGGGGUCAGCUGUUGAGCAGAUUGGUUCAAGUUGUCUUUGAUGCCACGAUAUGCAUUCACCUCAUGUAAUGUCCG